AUGCAUACACCCUUCAACUUGCAUUCAAGGUCCGCGAAUGUCACACAAUCUGUCUCGCCGAUUUGGAAGCUCUCGGAAGACCUCCUAUGGCGCAUCUUCAUGACGAAUGUCAACAAUCCGCAGAUAUUGACUCCAUAUCAGUACAACGUCAAAGAUCAUACCCCACGACCACUCGAGGUUACACGGAUCACCUCUCAAGUUUGUCGGCACUGGAGGAAUAUCAUCCUUUCAUCCACAGCUAUUUGGGGGCGACUGAUUGAUUUCGUGUCCUUUGAUCAAAAGACUACGCAUUGGCGGGACGAGGUCAUCUCGCGCAGUGGAUCUUCGUCUUUACUCUGGGUUGUGGAGGGGGAAACUAGUAAUUACGUCGGCGCUCCAAAGGCGACAGAAUCGCGGGCGUUUCUGCUUCGAUUUAUUGCCGACCAAUGGAAUCGAAUCGAGAAGAUUUUUGUCAAUCGUUGGAGUGGAGAAGAUUGGAGUUUUUUGUCUCGCCCUGCGCCAUGUCUUUCACAAUUUGAAAUCCACACCAUGUUCGAUGCAGGAGCCUCAGACCACCCGUCUAGUCUUCCGGGCAAUAUUUUCGCUGAUCAAGCCCCUCAAUUAAAAUCGUUUCAAAUGACAGGCGCCCAUUGUGAUCUUAGUCUAGGGUGGACGGCUAACUUGCAAGACCUCACGCUCGGUGGAAGCUUCAGCAACCAAGCUGUAUUCGAAAUACUUUCCAACCUUCCCCUGCUCCAGUCGCUCGAUCUUUAUGGGCAUAUCGCCGUUCCCGACUUCGAGCCUCCAAUCGUCUAUUUACCACACCUUCAAACUUUGUACAUCGAUACAUGCCUCGAAUACCUACGACACAUCAGGCCACCUCCGGGCUGUUUGUUCAGGUUCCGAGAAAACCGCGAUAAAAUCCUCUCCAGGCUAUCACGAGAACGCGAGUUGAGCGAAAUGUAUCAGAACUAUUUUGCCGCCCAUCAUCCAAGCUCGCUCAGUCUCAUGUGUACAAAGCGACGAUUCGUUCUUCACAGUGGAAUAUUUGAGGGGCUUGCUCGGGAUACGCCCGACAUGGAGCUCAACUUCACCUCCCACGCCGGUAUUGCCAUAAAUUCAGUCACGUACUUAUUCCAAAUGUGCAGUUCGCCGCUGCUAAAGGAAGUUACGAGACUCAGCAUGAAGAUAUUGCACCCACGCCCCGGACUAUUGGUUGCCCUCAAAAAGUUCUCAUUCAUGCUCCAAUCACUCGAUUAUCUUCAACUCGACGAAGAUACUCUCAACAUUCUUCUGCACUGGGAUCAAGAAUCUCCCUGUUCCGGUAUUGUUUUUCCACGGUUGCAAAACCUCAAACUGUCCCACCUAUCGCACGCCUCCGAAAUCGAAGGUGGAGUUUCUACUGAAUCUCGAUUAGAAAGAUUUCUAUUUCACCGUCGACAAAUUGGGGCUCCAAUAAAGGUCCUUGACCUGACCCAUUACCAAGAUCUUGCUGUAUGGUUGCUGGACGCUACACGAAGCUUAGAGCGCCUUGACGAACUCAAGGGAAUGAAAGUUCUGUAUAGGAGUGUUGAUACUCCCGGUGUUAUUCUACACUACGAGUGUGGUAGUGGCCAUCCAGACGUCCUUCGUCUGCGAUAUGGAGCAGAUAUAGCGAGAGAGUUGAGCGAUUCCAUGGUUCUGAAUCUCCCAUAUAUAGAUUGA